AUGCCUCUCCCGUCUCUCCCAACUCGGGAGAUAGCCGGAAUCACCAUCCCUGAUACCCCGCUCAUCAAAAAAGCCAUCGCUUACAUGCGAGAGCAGAACGAUGAUUUCACGUACAACCACGUUAUGAGAAGCUGCCUAUUCGCAAUAAAUUCUGCUCCUAUAGUGACUUCCACAGCACCCGACUACCCCAUCGACUACGAGUCCAUCGCUAUCAGCACAGUUCUUCACGACCUAGCCUGGGCAGUGAGCAGCGACAAGAGCACCCCGGACAAACGAUUUGAAGUCGAUAGUGCCAACGCGGCACGGGAAUUUCUAAUCACGGAGACUAGGAAUGACCCCAGCUGGCCCGAUCACCGGGUACAGCUCGUCUGGGAUGCGAUUGCAUUGCAUACUACCAAUUCCAUUGCUAUGCACAAGCAGCCUGAGGUGAUGCUUGCACAUCUCGGUAUCUCGGCGGAUUUUAAGGGCCCGGAUCUGUUUCCAGGGGGGAUGGGUCCGUUGACCUGGAAGACUUUUAAUGAUGUUGUCGCUGUGUUUCCGAGGGAGAGUUUUCUGGAGAAUGUUAAGGGCAUCAUGUGUGACUUGUGCAAGGUGAAGCCGCAAUCAACUUAUGAUAAUUUUGUUGCUGAGUACGGGGAGAAGUAUGUGGAAGGUUAUGAUCGGACUGGGAAGAAGACUAUCGAUUUUCUGGAGGCUGGUGUUUGA